AUGAACAAACGAAUAAGAGAAGACAUUACAUCUGCCGAUAUUUUAAUAUCAGAAAACAAUUCCCAUUCAUCUCAACAAGAAGCAAAAAAGACAAAACUCUCACCAUUUGAAAUAUUCUCUGAUGAUGUAAUUUAUGAAAUUUUAAAUUAUCAUCGGAAUGAUUUUAUAUUUAUGGUGAUGAAUUGUGCUUUGGUUUCAAAACAGUGGUUGAAUGUCAUUUCGGAAAGAUUGAAAUUUUCAUUAGUUUGUGGCAGUGAUUCGAAAAUGCAAGGUCAAUUUUUACAAAAUAUUGAAAAUCUGAAAGUGAGAAUUGGGACUAUUGCUUUUGAACUAUUUGAUUGUCGAUUGUUUGGAUUGAUGAAACAUUUGACUCAACUUGAUGUUUCGGUUAAUUUAUUUACAUUCAGUCAAGCAAAGUUAAUUGGAGAAUUGGCUCCACAGUUGACAAAUCUCAAUAUUUCUCACAAUACUAUUGGUGUUUAUGGAGCCAAGCACAUUAGCAAAUUGAAACAUUUAACAAUUCUCAAUAUUUCUGGAAAUCUUAUUGGACAACAAGGAGCAAAAGCUAUUAGUAACUUGGAAUACUUAACAGAACUCAAUAUUAGUAAUAAUAGUAUAUUCGAAGAGGGUGUUAAAUUUAUUGGAGAAAUGAAACAAUUAAGAACUCUUGAUAUUCAUAAUAAUAUGAUUGAAGAGAAGGGAGUUGAACAUCUCACUCAACUUGAACAAUUAACUAAACUUGAUAUUUCUAACAAUAGUAUUGGAGCAAAUGGAGUCAAAUAUUUAACGAAAAUGAAACAAUUAACAAUACUGGAUGUUAGUUAUAAUAGAAUUGAUGAGAAGGAGUUUUAUUUUUGA